AUGGCUGCCCAUCCCGACGAGGGACCCGCCGUCGCCCAGCACCCCGCUCCGCCCCCCGCUGGCGCUAUCAAGGCCGACCCAGGAGCGGGAGGCGCAACCAAGCCCCGGAACGAGGACGCGCCCGCGCCGGCGCCCGAUCAGGACGAAGAGGAUGGCGGCGCGUGGGACCAGGCCUCCCUGUACGAGGAGAUUCUAGACGAAGUGGAAGCCUUUGAGUACUCGGACGAUGGCGUAGACACGUGCACCGCCGACGAGGCCCGCCGCUUGCGCCAGCGACUCCAUGAGAUUGGCGCGAGCGCAUUCGUCAUGGAGAACAUCACGAGCGAGAAGAUGACGGCGCGCAAGCUGUGCACUGCCUUUGGCGUCAAGAUUCCCAAGUUUCUCGAAGAGGCGCCCGACGAGAGCUUCUACCAGCUGCUGGGGCUGGCCAUCAACCGCGAGCUGAACAAGCGGCCGCGGCUGGCGCAGUACAAGACCAUCGACGACGCUGCGAAACUGCUGCGCGAACGCAAGAACAUCAUGGUCAUCACGGGCGCCGGCAUAUCGACGAGUCUUGGCAUACCCGAUUUCCGCUCCAAGAACACGGGUUUCUACUCGCGGCUGCGCGAGAUGGGCUACGACGAGCCCGAGGAGGUCUUUGACAUCCACAACUUCGACGAGAACCCCCGCACCUUCUACGCCCUCGCCGGCGACAUCAUACCCGAUCUCGAAAAGUGGACGCCCACGCACGAGUUCAUCCGCCUGCUGCAGGACAAGGAGAAGCUGCUUACCAACUACACGCAGAACAUUGACAACGUGGAGGCACACGCAGGCAUACGCAAGGAGAAGCUCAUCCAGUGCCACGGCUCCUGGGCGACGGCAACAUGUCGGAAGUGCAAGUUCAAGGUCCCCGGCGAAGACAUCUUCGACUGCGUGCGCGCGCAAAAGCCCGCCGAGUGCAAGCGCUGCAAAGACGAAAUCGCCGCCCAGCCCAGCAAGAAGCGCAAGCGGACUUCCAACGGCAACGGUGCCCGCAAGAAGCGCUCGAGCGACGAAGACUCAGAGUCCGACGGCGCCUUCGACAUCCCACAGCCUGGCAUCAUGAAACCCGACAUCACCUUCUUCGGCGAAGCCCUGCCCAACGAUUUUUUCGACCGCCUCAAGGACGUGGACAAAGACAAGGUCGACCUCGUCAUCGUCAUGGGCACCUCCAUGAAAGUCGCGCCCGUAUCCGAAAUCCCAAACUUCCUCCCCCGCGACAUACCGCAGAUCUACAUCUCGCGCGACCCCAUCCACCAUAUCAAUUUCGACAUCAACCUGCUUGGCGACUGCGACGUCGUGGUUGCGGAGUUGGCGAGACGGGCGGGGUGGACCCUGGAACACAAGAUGAUACCUGAGGGGCAGACAACGGAGGUGGAAUUGACGGAUGCGGUGGAUCAUAUUUCUACGGUCAAGGUUCAUGUUCCUGUUAUGACUACCACGAAUGGUCAUAUCAACGAGCAGGCUUGA